UGGAAAGACCCCUAACAACGGUAAAGAACUGCCCUGAGAGACUCAGUUGGUGGCGUUCUUGCCUUGAAACCCGAGGGGACAAGAAAUAGGUGGGCUCAGCCACAAUCAGCCCAAUUUAUGGUUCCAUCCAAUCCGUCUACUCAGGCAGUCAGUCAGUGUUUCCUUUCCAUUCCCUCCCCACCGGCCAAGCGAUCUCCAUAUUCAUCUCCAUCUCGUCUCCAUUUCCAAUUCCAAUCCAUUUGCAUUGCAUUUGCAUCUUGCACCUUCGAGGUAUAAUUGCCUCUCUAAUUCGGCUCAAUCAGUUCUCGUCACCUCUCCUCAUACGGGCGCGUAUUCGCCUGCGUCGCCUUGUGCAUCCCCGCUGUUCAUCAUUUCCGAAAGACCGUGCUGCCUCGACGACAAAUCGGCCCAGUCAGUCCUGGCACCGAAUCACUGAUCCCCCCCGCUGCGGAUUGCGAAGCUCUCCCCAUCAGAACAGGCACACAAAGCUUCAUUCGCUAAUAGCUUCUCCAACGUUGCCAUCACUGUUGUCGCCUCGACGCAAAUCGAUUUUGACUUGUUCCUCGCGAUUGUCACAGUGCUUAUUGCGCUCCAAUUCACUGAUUCUACCUUAAUCUGCGACGGAACAGUUCCUGCCCAAUCUCUACUCCACGACCUGACCAGCUCAAGGAAUGUGAGCGUCCACUUCAACGAAGUCUGACUCAAACAAACAACUUGGACAGUCCCCGGCAUUAUAAACUAAAUAUUCGUGUGGGACACCUUUCCAAAUUGACACCGGCAUCAUGAACGAAUACCACCCGCCGUCGGCGAACGAAGCCUUCUCUCCUUCACAGGAGCGCGACCGAUCCGGCAGCAUGUCCUUGGGCAAUAUCCCCGUGAGUCCUCAGGGGCCCCCAUCAGAUCACGGCGGUGCUGCAGUUGACGACGCCAUGAACAAAGACCAGAAAUCCGACGCCGACACCACAUCGCCUACGCAAACAUCAGGUCCAUCCGGUGUGAAUUCCGAACAGAUGAAACAAGUUUCGGACGUUUUGUCUUCCGAGAUUGGCAUUGUUACGCUCCUGAAUCGCCUCAAACAGAGCAUAGCUUCAGCAAAGGAAUUUGCAUUGUUCCUCAAGAAACGAUCGAGUCUAGAAGAAGACCAUGCCAAUGGCAUCAGGAAACUCACACGUACCACCCAGGAGGUCAUGCGCCGGCCCGAUCAUCGGCAGGGCACAUUCGGUAACGCAUACGAGGCUAUGGCAAGCACCCACGAACGUAUGGCUGAGAAUGGCAUCGAGUUUGCCAAAGAGCUACACCAGAUGCACGAUGAGCUUAUGGAGCUCGCUGGUGUUGCCGAGCGCAGCCGGAAGUCAUGGAAGCAAAACGGCUUGUCCGCUGAGAACAAAGUAGCAGAGAUGGAGCAGACUAUGCGUAAGAGCAAGGCCAAGUACGACUCUCUUGCUGAGGAUUAUGAGCGGGUCAAGACCGGCGAGUCGCGCCAGAGCGGCAAAAUGUUUGGUCUCAAGGGACACAAGUCAGCACAACAGCAUGAGGGUGAGCUGUUGAAGAAGGUUCAAGCAGCUGAUUCUACCUACCACGGGCACGUCCAGGCGUUGCAGGCUGAGAAGGCCCAACUUGUUUCAACGACACGCCCAGAAGCCAUUCGAGCGCUUCAAGACUCGAUUAAGGAGAUUGAUGCAGGAAUUUCAUUGCAGAUGCAGAAGUUUGCCUCCUUCAAUGAGCGCCUACUAUUAAGCAAUGGCCUGAGUGUCAGUCCCAUUCAGGGUCCUGGGGCCCAAGGCAGCUCUGCUCAACGCAGUCUGCGACAGGCUGCUUCUUCGAUUGACAACGACAAAGACUUGAAUGACUAUGUCACAGCACAGCACAGAAGUGUGCCUCCCAACACUGGUGAAAUCAAAUAUGAGCGCAAUCCAGCACUUAACCCUCCGGGCUCCAGCAGCCAGCAUAAUCCAGGAGGCCCUGUCCAACAACCCGCAGCUGUUGUGCAGUCACCAGUAUCACAGACGCAGCCCCAAGGUGGUUUCUCUGGACCACAGCCUCUAGGUCCUGGAUCAAGGACUAGCACCCUUGGUCUUGGCCCUAUUACUGGCAUUACUGGUGGUGAUCCUUCAUUUCCCCCGACUGACGACCCUCGACCUUUUUCGCAGCAUCAUAAUAGGAGCGUAAGUCAAGGGAACAUGCCAGUGCAACAGGGCACUCCUGGCCAACAAUUCUCAACUCGGGGCCCCAAUCAACAACAGGCACCUGGUCAAAGAUAUGGUAAUGGGGGGUCUAUCAGUUCAUCCGGCCCACCGCAACUUGGUGCUCUGCCCUUCCAGCCUGGCGGUUCCCCUCCUCAACAGCCAGUUCCUGGCCAAGCUCCCCAUGAACGUUCAGGAAGUGGGGUGAACUCGGGACAAGGACCUCCAGGUGCUGCACGGUCACCACCUCCCUACGGAGCUUCUAGUCACCCUCCUCCUGGGCCUGGACCUUCCGGGCCUGCCAAGCCAAUGUUCGGCCUGCCACUGAGUCGUCUUUAUGAACGUGACGGCUUGGCAGUACCAAUGGUUGUUUACCAAUGCAUCCAGGCGGUGGAUAUGUACGGCCUUAAUGUGGAAGGCAUUUACCGCCAGUCUGGGUCCAUGGCUCACAUACAAAGACUAAAGAAUAUGUUCGAUACAGAGUCUUCCAACCCUGCGCUCGACUUUAGGAAUCCUGAGAACUUUUAUCAUGACGUCAAUAGUGUUACUGGCCUGUUGAAGCAGUUUUUCCGUGAUCUCCCCGACCCGCUACUCACCCUCGAGUAUCAUGAUAGCUUCAUCACGGCUGCCAGUACGUCGCUCCAAUCCCUUCCUUUCGUGUGUGUCUACCUCUCCUUGGCAAAUACUGACUGAUAUGCGCAGAGCAAGAAGACGAUACGGUACGUCGCGAUUCGAUUCACGCGAUCAUCAACAGUCUUCCUGAUCCCAACUACGCUACACUGCGUGCUCUCACUCUUCACCUCUGGAGAGUCAUGGAUAACAGCCACAACAACCGCAUGAACUGCCACAACCUAGCCGUCAUUUUUGGCCCGACACUCAUGGGCACUGAUCCCAGCACCGCCAUUGCCGAUGCGGGCUGGCAGAUUAAGGCCAUCGACACCAUCCUGCAAAACACGCUCCAGAUUUUUGACGAGGAUUAAACUUGUAUGUAAGCGCCUCGCGUUGGUUAAGGGCUUAAUAUGUAACGCUUGUUGGAAGAGGCGGAGAGGGAUGCUUAUAUCUAUCCAUGUUGGCUGUUUUUAUGUUGCAUGGCGUCUCGUAUCUAAUGCAUGUUCAUUUCUUCCUGUGCUUGGAGAUUAGUGUAAAACCACUGGGUGGCUAACGUGAGCGCUUUUUUUCUUGUGCUUCUUUUGCGCUUGUUCAGUUUACCUCUUACUUGCUCCUUACGUGGGGUGGCCUGUUAUAUGCGAUAAGUUAGACUCGUAGUUAUAUAAACAGGCAAGGAAUUUUAAAUGGUUUGUUGUAGGGUAGUUAAUACUACAUGGCGUUCUUCACACAUGAGACUUUUGAACACGAACGACUGAUAGUAUAUGCAAUACAGGUA